CAGGCAGCUUCCAACAAUGUAACGCAGAGUUACGCUGAUACGGAACUCCGUGUGCGUCCCCGCGCUUACGUGUGACGUGCGCCAGUCUCGCGUGAUGAGCGUUGUGUUGGGAUUGUAGGGGAAAGAGUUUGCAGGUACUAUAGCAACCACCCUCCCUUACGAAGUCGACAGCUCACUGAGAGAAAAAAGCAGUAUUCCAAUUCCUAAUCCACUGAUUCUGCAAAACCUCAACAAAAAGGCAAAGUUUAUGUGGACACACUAGUGCAUACCUUUUUAAACAUAGCUAUACAACGUGAUAGCCUUUUGACAGCAGGCAUUGUGAUCACAACAUUGGGAUAGACUGGAUAUCUUAAAAUUGUAUGCUGUGGAUCUGAGUGAUAUAUAUAUCUUUAGUCUUUAAAGCCACCUUUCUGGGGGGUUGAUCCCCUCUGGGUACAGAUCUUGGUACACUCCUGUUUCAGUUACUGGCUAUUGUGUAGACAUGGCAACACCUUCACCUACAAAAACAACAUGGAAGCUACAGGAAAUUGUUGCCCAUGGAAGCAGUGUAUCUUCUGUGGUUUUGGGGAAGAGUUCUGGUCGUCUGGUGGCCACAGGAGGAGAUGAUUGUCGUGUUAAUCUCUGGUCUGUUAACAAACCCAACUGCAUUAUGAGUCUAACUGGACAUACUACUCCGGUGGAGAGUGUGCGCUUCAACAAUGCUGAAGAAUUAAUUGUGGCUGGCUCACAAUCUGGAUCUUUGCGCGUUUGGGAUCUAGAAGCAGCUAAGAUUCUAAGGACACUAAUGGGACACAAAGCCAAUGUCUGCAGCCUGGAUUUUCAUCCUUAUGGGGAUUUUGUAGCAUCUGGGUCCUUGGACACUAACAUAAAAUUAUGGGAUGUGCGCAGGAAAGGCUGUGUUUUUCGCUAUAAGGGUCAUACACAAGCAGUUCGCUGUCUCCGGUUUAGUCCAGAUGGGAAGUGGUUGGCAUCUGCUUCAGAUGAUCACUCUGUAAAGCUCUGGGACCUGACUGCUGGAAAAAUGAUGGCUGAGUUAUCAGAACAUAAAGGACCUGUUAAUAUUAUUGAGUUUCAUCCCAAUGAGUACCUUUUGGCAUCUGGAAGUGCAGACAGGACUGUACGUUUCUGGGACCUAGAGAAAUUUCAGCUGAUCGGUUGUACAGAGGGAGAGACAAUUCCUGUAAGGGCAAUCCUUUUCAGCAGUGAUGGUGGCUGCAUUUUCUGUGGAGGGCGAGAUGCACUGCGGGUGUAUGGCUGGGAACCAGAUCAGUGCUUUGACACUGUUCCUGUGGGAUGGGGCAAGGUUUGCGACCUGGCCAUCUGUAACAAACAGCUGAUUGGAGUGUCCAGUGCUCAGUCCACUAUCUCCUCGUUUGUGGUUGACUUGACUCGAGUUAAAAUGACUGGCUGUGCCCCACAAGGGCCUGUUCCUGCAGAGAUGCCCAUCAGCCAACCUGCUCCAGCUGGAACCUCGCUUAGGCGUAUAUAUGAACGUCCAUCUACUACCUGCAGCAAGCCAAAAAGGGUAAGCCCUACCAGUGAUGAUGAGGAGAAAGAAUCCAGAGCUGAGAUCCAGAAUCCCGAGGACUACAAAGAAAUCUUUCAGCCAAAAAAUGCAAUCUCAAGGACACCCCCACGGAAUAGUGAACCAUUCCCUGCUCCACCUGAGGAUGAUACAAGUAUUUUAAAGGAACCGGUAGCACCCAUCCCAGAUGUUGUGACUCCUGCAACCAGCAACAAAAACAAUACUGAACAGCUGCAGCGUCCUCCAGUAGCUGCCUCUACACCGAUUGUAUGUCAGGAGCCAAGUCCUGUUCCAGCACCUCAAAGCAAGCCUCCAGUGAUAUCUGCUGCAAGGAAUGAGCCCAUUGGACUUAAAGCAGCUGAUUUUCUGCCGGCUGUGAAGACUUCAUCUCCGACUGAAGUGGUGGACGAUGAGGCAGUGUCCCAGAUUCGAAAGGGACAUGACACAAUGUGCAUGGUGUUAACAAGUCGAAUGCGUAACCUAGAUACUGUGAGAGCUGUCUGGAGUUCAGGAGACAUUAAGACAUCUAUAGAUUCAGCUGUGGCCAUUAAUGAUCUAUCAGUUGUUGUAGAUCUUCUAAACAUCAUCAACCAGAAGGCGUCUCUGUGGAAGCUGGACCUUUGUUUGACUGUUCUACCUCAGAUUGAAAAGAUGUUGCAGAGCAAGUAUGAGAGUUAUGUUCAGACUGGCUGCAUUUCACUUAAACUGAUCCUACAGAGGUUUCUCCCGCUGAUCACUGACAUCCUGGCUGCACCUCCAUCUGUUGGUGUGGACAUAUCUCGUGAGGAAAGGCUUUCCAAGUGCAAAUUAUGUUACAAGCAGCUGCGCAUUCUCAGUCCGCUGGUGAAAAGCAAAGCUUCGCAGAGUGGCCGCUAUGGAAGUGCCUUUCGAGAACUGCAUCUCCUCAUGUCUGGGUUGGAGUAACCUACCCCUCCACAAGCAGUUAUCCUUAUGAUGUCAUGGAGCAGGAAUAUCUGCUUUAUUAAUGCACCUUUUUUCUGCCUCCUGAAGGUGCUGUCUGUAGAGGAGUUGCUUUGGCGGAUUAAUGGAGUCCCGCACUGUGGUUUUUAUACAAGGCAGGUUUAUAAGUGAAAUGUAUUCCUGUGUGUGCACUGCUUGGACUAUCUAUGGCCAUAGGGUCCAUUGGGUAUGAAAUAUGCAGCGAGUUUGUUAUUGCUCAAGUACAAGACGUAUAGCACAGUUUUAGCACAUAUUAUUCUAUUAACAUUCCCAGAUAAUAAAUGAAAACUGUAGAUGAGUGCAGCUACACUGCUUGAUAUGGCUAUAGAGGCAAAGCACUGCACACAUGCCAAGGACCAGUAAACAUUCUCUACUUUAAAGAACACCAAGACCCAAGAAUAAGCCCUGCUUUCUAUAUGAUUUUUAAGGUUUCAUGUGGCCUAAUAUGACAAGCAGCAAAAAAUGUGAGCUGGACUCAGAAUUGUCUUUGUGCCUGGAUGCCAAAACCCUCCCCUUUCAGCAGCUCUUUUAUAUUAAACCAAGUCCAGGAACUGAAAUUUAGGGGGAUGCACUAUGGCUGCACUGUAUGUUGUAAACUUGUUACUAUGUAAUUUAUAGUUCAGUUUAAUUAAAACAAGUGUCAUUUUUA